GAUGAGCCCGGCAUAUUUUAAGGCGCCAAGGCGCCUAAAUACAAUGUUGUUUUCGUAUUGAAUUUUUGUAUUGUAAACAACAAUCAAUUCCAAAAAAUGUUCUGUAGUAUUCAUCGUUGAGUACGAUCAUUGCGGUGGAAACAGAUCUGUCCUAUCAUUUAUCACAAAUCGUCACUGUAUUUGCGGAUUAUGCCAGAUUUCUGAAUGUUCACGAAAACUUAACCUUAUGUCAUCAUGACAUCUCAAGGGCCCGGACUUGAGAUUUUCGAGAGGCUUGCAGAGUGGUCCACGGAAGAAAUUGAACAGAAUAUCGACAGCAUUCUUCAAGAACUUCUGAGACACGUUAGCAGUGAUGACAAAGGACGCGUUCUUCAGUCAGUUUAUGCUCUUCUUGUUACCUGCUUACCGUCCUUAUCCCUUGAAAAGGCAAAUGAGUGCCUUUUACGCCAUGCUCUGCCAGCUGCUCAACAAUUAUUUUAUGAGUCUUUGGAGGGAAUUAAGUUGCGUUUGAGUGACACGUCAUCUGAAUGUUUUGAUGCUGCAGAAACUUUGUCAAGCCUUCUUCAAGUAGUAAUUGAGCUACUUAAAUGUAUGGAGUGUGUCCUACAGUAUAUAGCAGGUCAAGGGUCAGUAAAUAUAUCCAUAGUCCCUAGUGUUCCAAAGACUGUUGCCUUAUUAAUGCUUCAGACAUUUAGGCAUUGUAGGGAAAGUGAGUCUUUGUACUGUGAUCUUUUCACAGUGGUAUCAGACGUACUAAGUGCGCUAUUUCGACAAUGUCACCAAGUACAAUGUCGUUUUUUUGCUGUACUUUCUUCAAGUAUUAGCUUUGAUUGCUCUGUUGAGACUGAUAUUGUUCACCUAGUUGAAGUUCUACAGGUCCUUUCAGAAAUUGGAGAAGAAGUUAUGAGUCUUGACAUAAAAACUAUGGCAGAACAAUGGAAAGGAUAUGCCAAAAUUAUACAGUUGUAUCUUGAAUCCAUAAGAGACAGAUUGAAUAUUGCUUAUCCAAUAUCUUACCUUUGUUUGGAUAUUAGCAACAAAUUAGAGCAGUUGACAGGAACAUCUAAAGAUGCCAAAAGUACAUCUCGUCUAUUGAAAACAACAAGUUUUAUAUUGAAAAUCAUUGCCAAAUUAUGUGAGCAGUUUGGUAGCGGAAAUGGGUGUCUCAGAGAUAGUCAUUCUAAUCUUUACCAGCUCCUGCUAACAUUGCACAAAUAUUCUCCACCUGUGCUUACUAUGCAAAAUGUUGAAAAAGGUCUUGUUGAUGACAUUGAACGUAAUAUUAUUGUUGCUGCUGAUCCCAUGCUUACUCAUCUUGUCUGCGAAUGUGACUUUCAGAAGGAGUUUAUUAAAAAAUGUCGUAAAUUAAAAGAUAUGCCUGAAAAUCAACUUCCUCACCUCACCUUAAUGGUUUCUGUAAUGAAGAAGUUGUCAGCUCUCACCGCUGAAGAUAAAGAUCCUUGGCUUGGAGAACUGGCAAAAACUAAUAUCGUUGGUUGCCUUCUAGAAAUUCUAAAACACUCUCACUAUGAACUUAGUUGUGAAAUUUGGUUACCAGCUGUUGUAAAAUCAGGACAAUCUCCCAGAAGUUGUGACUUAUAUGAAUUUCUUUGCUGCCACUGUGCCGGUUUUAUCUUGUCAUUAAAUUCUGAUCAAUUUGAAAGAGUAGAGGCAAUUAUGUUUGAUAGUUUGAUGGAACCUUUUGUUUGGCCAGCUAUGUUCGUUGGAGAUGUGUGGUCUAUUUGUGCAAGGGCUGGAAGUUCUGAGCUUGUCCUAGAUCAAGUGUUGUACUUAGCUGACAUUGUGUCAGCUUUUGAUCCUGCCAGUUUAUUUGGGAGAGUUGAUUGCACAGUUAUUUCAGUUUUUCUCAGAAGAAUGUGUUCAUUUCUUGGUACAAAAGGCAAACAAAUGCUGGUUGAAAAAUAUCCACCAACUAAACAUCCCUUACUGUGGUAUAUUUUUGGACUUGAAUGUCUGUCAAAGGAAAUGAGGGAAACUGUUUCACAAUUACUUGUCACUAGAGCAACUUCUGAUGUUCAAAACUUUUCCUGUUCAAAUCCAAACAAACCCUCAUUUAUCACAAUGGUGCAAGGCUUAUGUGGGCUGUGUGCUGCUUUGGAAAUUUCCCCAUCAAUAAUAAAAUCACCUAGUGACACCAUUGUACCUGGAGUUAUAAGUCUGUGGCACUAUGCUUGCAGAGGUGAUUUAUCUCAGAAUUUCAGUCAUUCGGAAAAUGUUAUUGGAGAAUCAAAGUGGCUGCAAAACUUCUUGAGAAUACUAUGCAGGUGUACAGAAUAUCUUGUCCAUGUCAUGAACAAUUGUGAUAUUUUACAGGUUUUGAACCAACUAGCAAGGUUGGUUAAACACUGUGGUCCAUCUCUAAAGCUAUCAAUCUCACACAUUCUUCAUGGUUUGGCAACAAAAACUCUUGAAUCAACAAGUGAUCAAGGGCUCAUAUGCUCUAACAUUUCAAGUAUAUUUACCUGUUUAUUAGAAGACUCACACCCUCUUGUGAAGGAUACUGCUCUGGAAACUUUUGAAUACUUCGCUCACUUUACUGUCCAUGAAUCUAUUGUACCAGAUGCAGUAGCAAACAAUGUGUCCAUUACAGAAGAUGUGACAUGUUAUCUUCAGAGAGAGAUUCCUGCAACCCGCAUAAAAGUGAAAACUUUGAGAGACUAUUUAACAUUUCAAGCAAAUGUGUCUUGUGAACACAAAUGUGAAGCAAAAAAAUCCAGAUGUGCCUCACCUAAAAAUUCUGACCCACCAGCCAAGAAAAUGCGCUUGGAAUGUGAUGACAAUGAUUUAAGCGCUUUCCUUGAUGACGACCUUUUAACAGAUUUUGUAGAAAAGGAUGUCACAGAUGCAGUUAAUAGAAUAAUUAAAGAUGCCCAGUACCUAAUCUCACAAUCCUCCUACCAAUCAUUACCAUCUCUUUCAAGAACAGAUUUGAAAAAAACUGUAGAAGAUCUCAAUAAAUUCAUUGGCUUAUAGUCCUUAUAGUUAGAUAAAAUUUUAAUAAAAUAGUAUUAUAAAUACUCUUUUAUAUUUUGUAAUAAUGAACUAUGGAAAUAAAUAAACCAAUCAACCUACGAUA